UAUUUAUCAAUGUUUAUCUCCUAUCGGUGUACAUAUGACGCUCGUAGGAUUGUUUGAUAAAUUACACUUUUUUUAAUGUAAUAUUUUAGAAUAGUUUCUACGCAAUAUUGAUACAUGAGUCCCCUGGUAAAUAUAAUGGACAAUCUGUGCUGAAGGGCUGGUCUUCAAUCGGGCACAGUGACAGACUGCAUACUACGUACGGACUGGGCUGUGGCGAAGAGAAAACAGACAGUCAGUUUCGUUUUCCAAAUCUCAACGUCAGGGGAAUACCAGCAGGACCAUAUAAAAUAUUCAGCUCACACCGGACAAUAUCAUAACCACACAAACAGAUAAUUUGUUCUUCAACAGCAUUUUGUUUUCAUUUGUUCUCCGACAUUGACGAUCAUGAGCACAGACUGGACACCCACCCUGUGGUCAGAGUGUUUUGAGGAGAUGUUGGAUGAGGAGUUGGACAGCAGUGACCAGUGGGCCUUCCACUUCAACUAUGGCCUGGCAGAAGCACUCACCGAGGAGGAGAGGAGGAGAGGAUGGAGGGUGUACAGCCACUGUGCCAAUGGACGGUUCCAGUGUGGUGAGUGCUCUAAGACGUGGUGGUCGGCGCGGGUGGUGCUAGUGUUCCGGUACCGUCUGCGGGAUACGACAGCCAGGGGGACCGUGCUGAUGCGGCCGUACGGCCAGGCAUGCAAACGCUGCCGGGAAGAGUUUGAACUCCCAGGUUUCUCCCAGGACGAGGUGGAGGAGGCACUGCUUGGAUUGUUUGGAAAAAUUAAGAAGAACUGCUACGACGAGGAUGAGGAGGAUGAUGAGGAGGAUGAUGAGGAAGAUGAGGAGGAUGAUGAGGAGGAGGAUGAUGAGGAGGAUGAUGAGGAAGAGGAUGAGGAAGAGGAGGAGGAGGAGGAAGAAGAGGAUGGGUCAGAGAAGGUGUCAAGGAGGCCCCAUGAGAAAGCCCUGUGUGAAGCCUGCAGACUGGGCAUCUGCUGUCAAGAGUAGAGAAAAAGAGAGAGUGUGUGUGUGUGUGUGUGUGUGUGUGUGUGUGACAGAGAGACAGUGGGGGGAACGUAUAUCCUAAUGCUGUCUAGAAUUGGUUGUAAAAAUAUUAAGAACAGCAUUAUCUGUGUUGUGCCUAUGGACUCCAUACAAUCUUUAUGUAGCCUAAUGUAAUGUACUAUCGUUGGCCAAUAGCAAUGACCUAAUAUUUUAUCCAUAACUUACUUGUACUUUGGAGUUGUGUAGUAAACAUGUAUUAUGUGUAAUAAACAUACAAAAUGGGAAGAC